AGUUGUUCGGUGGAAAUCGUGCUCUUGGAACGUUCGUGGAUGUGAAAACGUUACAACACCGCAUUGUCUUUCUGUGAUAUAGCCUCGAAGCCAUGUUUUAUUGAUUUUGCAAGCGAGAAAUUUCCACAAACUGUCGUCUUUGUUUAUUAUAGUGUUUUGAUUAUACGGUAACUUGCAUGGAAUAGUGUCAUUGAACAAGAUCAGUCAUCCGUUACGUGCAUGUGCACAUUAUAAGCGUGAUAGUGGCUUUUUGUGAUCAUUGUACCAUAGAAAACCAAAAUUUUGAAGAUAGUGUGUUAAGUGGUGAAAAGUUUUGUGUUCAAAUAACUGAAAGUCGCACUGGCCACCGUUGUUGGCACCUAUAUAAUCACCGGAAGAGCCAAUGUUAUUUUAAGUGAUAUACCCCUUGAGGGAGAUCAGAGAUGGUGGACUACUACAGGGUAUUGGGUGUGACUCGUGUAGCUACAGAAACAGAAAUUAAAAAGGCGUACAGAAAACUAGCACUCAAAUGGCAUCCUGAUAAGAACCCCGAUAAUCCAGAUGAAGCUAAUAGAAGGUUUAAGGAAAUUUCAGAAGCUUAUGAGGUUCUCUCAGAUGAAAACAAGCGGAAGGUAUAUGACGCGAGGGGAUCCAGCCAUCAUAGUCACAGAUACCAAAGCAAGAAUGGAGUUAAUGGGCACCGGCACUUUAGCUUCAAGGGGUUUUUUGGAGAGACACCAUUCCACCGUUUUUUCGAGCGCAAACGGCGUAUGUAUGACCAGUACGGCAAAGAGGGAUUGAACAACAGCAGGGGUAGGCGCUCUGCAGCGAAUGACGAUUACGACUUCGGCUACGCCAGUUUCCCCUUCACAUUCCGAGACCCAGAGGAUGUUUUCAGAGAAUUCUUCGGUGGCUCUCCGUUUGGCGAACUAUUUGCUGAGAUCAACGGUCACGGUCACGGUCACCACCACCGCGGCGGCGGGCGGCGCAGUCAGCCGAGUACGUCGCUGACGUCGUCGCUGUUCAGUCCGUUCGGUUUCGGCAUGCGCGGCGUCGGCCUCGACGACAUAUUCGCGCACGCCGCCUCCAACGGGAACACCUUCACCUCCUUCUCCACGUUCAACAGCUCGCUGGCGGGCCCAGGCAGCGCCAACAUGCGAAGCACCACCACCACCACGCGUAUCGUCAACGGAAAGAAGAUCACUACCAAAAAGGUCACAGAAAACGGUCGUGAAACGGUGAUGUCGUUCGAGAACGGAGUUCUAAAAUCAAAGACUGUCAACGGUGUACCUCAAUCGCUAACAUGCAGUUAAAAAGUCACACUCAACCUUUUAAUAUGUAACCAAACGUGAUCCAAAUGUCGACUAUUAUACAUGCGAGUUAUGUUCCAACUUUAUAAGUUUUGCUUAAUUUUAACUUUAGUUUUGAAACUGUAAAUUUUUAGUGAUGAUUAAUUUCAAAACAUACUUAAAAUUAGUUAUUAUAAUUGCUUCUUUAACUUUGAAUUUGAGUGAGAUUUUAGAGUAGAUUUUUGCUGCUCAAUCAUAUAAAUCUCUCUCUAAGGAUGUUUUUGUGUUCUUUUUGUCGUCGCAUUCUCUUGAUCUCAAACUCAGGCGAACGAGUUUUGUAAGUACAAACGGCAACACAUCAGGAUACUGGUAUAAAAGGCAAAGUUCCUGCAACUAAUUCUGAACUUAACUAUUAACCGUAAAAAUUGGAGAAAAUUAGCCUUUUAUAGUAAUCUUAUGUAAUGUCAAUUGUACAUUAACAAUCAACAUUGUUUUUUUUUGCGAUGACGAAAAUAUUACUUUGCUGCCAACUAUAAUUUGAUUAGCAAAAUAAAUAUAAUCACAUUUAAUUUUAAUCUUUAGUGUUGAAUAACUAGCUGAUUAAUUAAAAAGGAUAGAAUAUAAUGUGUAAUUAGUAUUUCUUUUAAAGCAUUUUAAUUUUUUUUACUGUGCGCAUGCAUAUUCACUUGUGUAGGGGUCUCAACUUAAGUGCGAUAUUACUGGCCAAAAUAAACACUUGUCUAGUAUCUAUUUUAAUUCUCUGGGACUCCUAACAAGUUUUAAUUGCCCUUAAUUGUUAUUCAAAGUACUAUAAUUGGGUAUUACAAAUUAGCUGGUCUGAAAUUUGAUAUAUUGUUUGUAAUGAUGCCUUAAAUUAGAGAUAAAAUGGCUCAGUUGUUACAAUUUAAAAACUAAUUUUACGUACAAUACUUAAUGAGUCUCUUAUUCUGCGAUAUUUCUAGGACAAAAACCACAAUAAAUUUGCUGUUUGCUUAACUUUAAGUAUACAAAGCAGCACGUCAGGUUGCUACAAAAUAAGAAAUGACUUGUAAUAGAUUCUGAACUCUAUUUGUAACGUGCUAAAGUUUUAAAUUGAAUGGAGAAAUUUGACAGUUUUAUAUAACCAGAUGUGCUGUUGAACUUCAUAUAGUAAUCAUUUAACUAAAAUAUUUUUGUACCAAUGGUUCCGUUCAGAGAAAGAUUACAUUUAUACAUAAUUUAAGGAGUGUCGUCAGAAGAAUCGAGCACCCUAUUAUGAUAUUGCUACGUCCAUAUAAGUUGUUGGCGCCAACAUUUUGUGUCCAGGCAUUGAUAAUAUUUUGUGAUGAAUUUUAUUAUUAGAAACAUAUUUUUGUUUAUUUUUUACGCUUUUCCUCAAAUAUAUCUUUUUAUUUUCACUAUCGCGCAGUAUGUUUUCCCUUCGUUCUGAACAUUGAGAUACUAUUUUUUUAUUGAUGAUAUGUACUUAAAUUUGAUUUUAUGAUGUAUAGCCAUCAUUUUGUAUUGAACAAAUAGGGGCAGAAAUGAGGCAAAUUUUAGUAUCAUAUAGGGAGUGCCAUUAUGGUGAAAAUAAAAGCGAGUCUAGCAUAUUUGUAAAUAUUCGUUUACCUACAAGAUCUCGUUUCUUAUAAAAUUGUCAGCAACUACUGAGCACUGCAAGAAUGAAUAAAUUAAAGUUAC